AUGGAGUAUUUAGUUAUAUUAUUGUUUGGUGUUCUAAAGGUAUCUGCGCAAUUCUACAACAUUAUCAGUGAAAACCCGAUAAAACCAGAAAAAUGUAUGGGAUCGGAUGAUAUUUUAUUAGUAAGUAUUGAAGAAAAUUGUGAAGCUAAGUUGGGAUUUGCUCUAGUAGACAUUCGUCGGGGGUACAACCCACAUACAGAUCGGCACUGUUGUAUUGUACCAGCAUUUUUUGAUCGCUUCGUGGUGCGAUCAUGUGGUGGCAUUACGGAGAUAUUUGAAGUUCACAAAAAGGAAGGAGUCGCUUUGGGACGGCGUCAUUUUGUUCCAGACUGCACUUUCUGGGAAUGCGUUUUAAAAAAAUACAAAAUGCUUAACGAAGACAAAACUGUUAGUACCGAAAAAUUUUACACGCACUUAGAGAAGUGGGCAUCGUUGAACAAGCCAUUUAGUACUCUAUUGCUGAGUGCGAAGAUUCACUGUAGACAAUACUUCAUAAUGUUUAUGCCGCUAUCCACUUGUGAAUUUUACAACUUUCUACUAUGCUUCCGAGAUUAUUUGAAACUAUAUGACUGUCCAGUAUUAAUACAAUCACAGAAAUGUUACGAAUGGAAGGAAUUCUUCGACGAGUGCAAACAAUAUUAUUUAAUGUAA